GAUACCAUCAGGGUUGGUUGACUUCCCUUUACCACAGAAGUUCUUGCAUUUGCAAGAUCCACAUGUGAUUCUGAGUUUCUUCAUAGUAAACUUUCUGUUUUCCGUAACUUAAAAGUUCCAGUACUAUUCUUACAAGAAUUAAUGACCAUUUGAACAUAAUAAUCUGCCAACAUUUUUGCAUUCAUCUUUUUGGCAUGUAUUUUCCAUUCCUGGGGAUGCUUUGGCCUAGAAGUAGACAUGUGGUUCCUGAUGACUGGCAGGGCUCACCUGAACUGAGUCCUCAGGCAGAGAACCAAUCACAUUUGUCCAGUUUCACCAGUUGAUAAGGUGUUAUCCUACCUCUGACAACAUAUACAUUUUCUGACUGCUCCAUUUGUGCUGGUCAAACACAUGAGUAAGCUUUUGAGAGAUGUGGAAAAGUCUGACUACCACUAUGACUGAUGAGAGACUUCCACAUGUCCAACGGCAGCUUGAAUCAGCCAUGUGAGGUACCUGUGACUGGUACGAACAGGGAAGGCUAAGGGUCUGACAAGGGCAGCGGUGUGUCCAUUGGUGUGACAUUUUUGAUAGGGGGUGGCACCAGGGGUGGCCUGCCUCUGACUGGGCAUAUAGCCAAUCAUAUAUUGGGGUGGCCAAUCAGAUUUCAGGGGUGGCCCGUGCCACCCUAUGCCACCCCCUGAACAUGCCCCUGGACAAGGGAACACUUUAAGAACAGAGUGCCAGAGAGGUAAAGCCAAAAGACCAUCGCCAUGCUUUGGAUUGUCAGCUGUCUUGCUCUAUUGGCCUCUGCACUGGGUGAGUGUUGUCAUGUUCAUAUUGUGACACAGUCGGUGGUGGAACACCUAGUCCUUGUGCCGUCAGGGGAACCAGGUUAUGACGGACACAAGCACACGUGUACAUAUACAAAUGUUGUGUGAUGUGAUGUUCUCAGCAGUUAGGGAUGGAGUGGUGGACAAGAUGCCAUGAGCUAGUUUGACUUUCAUGACAUUGGUUAAGUAGUGGUCAACCUGUCUUUUGAUGGUGUCGGUUUGGGGCCCUAGGGUGUGGAGUGCCCUCAAUCAAGCCCCAGGUGAGCGGCUACAACAAGAUUGUACAUGGAGGGAAUGCAGUAUCCGGAGGCUGGCCGUGGCAGGACACCAAUGGCUUCCACUUCUGUGGAGGAUCUCUGCUCAGCUGCUCAUUGCCGUGUCAGAAUUUGCAGUGUCUCUCUCCCUAUGUGCUGGAGCUUCUGGAGUAUCAUCUUGUCAGGCUCACAGAACAUCACCCUGAAUGUCACCCUAGGGGCAUCUGAAGGGGCAAGUCCAAACGUACACUGGCUGACGACAACAUCUCUGGUGAUCCACUAUGUGACAUUUGUGACCGGCACCAUUGGUAAUGGUCUGGUCAUCUAUGUGACAGGGUACAGGAUGACAAAAACAGUCAACUCGGUGUGGUUCCUCAACUUGGCCUGCACUGACUUCCUCCUCACAGCCUUUCGAAUCAUUAGCAUCAUUCACACGACUCGCAAUUUUGAGUGGAUCUUCGGGCCCUUUAUGUGUAAGCUGAACAGCAUGGUGAACGUGCACAACAUGUUCACCAGCAUCUUCAUCCUGGUGGCCAUCAGUGUAGACCGCUGCCUGUGCAUAUGUGUGGUAGUAUGGGCCCAGAAUAAACGCACAACACGCAAGGCUGAGUUCACAUGUGUCGGGAUCUGGCUGGUCUCUUUGAUUUGCAGCAUCCCUUACACUCUCCACCGAGAAACCAUAGUUCUCAACGACAAAACAUACUGCUGUUUAAACAUUACUCUUAAAGGACAUAAGGACCUCAUAGUGUUACGUUUUGUACUGGGAUUCCUCAUCCCUUUCGUAAUCAUCAUCGGGUCUUAUGUCGCCAUAGGAAUGCGCACCAGACGCCUCCAUAGGAAGAGAAUAGGGCCAAGGUCUCUCCGCAUCAUCUUUGCAAUCAUCCUGGCUUUCUUCAUAUGCUGGCUGCCAUUCCACGUGUUCCAGUUCAUAGACUAUUAUUGUCACGUGGUAGCAGUCAACCACACUUUCAAAUCUUUCGUGUAUGGGGGUGUUGCACUGUCCAGUAGCAUGGCAAUUUUCAACAGCUGCCUGAACCCCUUUCUUUAUGUCUUUAUGUGUGAUGACUUCCAGAGGAAGCUUCAUCAGUCUGUGUGCCUGGUCUUUGAGAGUACUUUUGCAGAGGACCUGGUCAUAUCGUCUCGCUCCCUGACAUCCCAUCUGUCCCGGACCUCGCGCAAGUCAGACUCUACUGCCCCCGAGCCAACUCAGAGAGACUGUGACUGA